AUGAUUACACGGAGGCUCGUGUCCGGAGCCGCAACGCGUUCGGUGGCCCGGCGCCUGGCGAGGCCUCCGGCUCGGCCCCCGAGAGUCUGCGCGUUCUCAACGCAGAGCUCAAGGCGAAAUGAGAACAAGACUGAGACAGCUUCGGAUGCCAGCACCAAAGCCAGCAGUGACAAGGGUCAAGGGGAGCCGUCGGUAGUAUUCAAGAUGGCCGAGUCGGCGGCGACGACCUUUGCCUCUAUCCUUGUACUGGGGCUGGGAUUCGCUGCGGCGGGCUACAUUUACCACAGAAGUUAUAAAAUGCUCGUGGUUAACAAAAUGGUCCGCGCUUUUGAACCUGGUGACCCGGUCCUUGAUCUUGCCGCCGUGGGCAAAGACAUGCCGUCUCAUCCCGAGGCCAAGGACGAGCGAUGGGUGCAUCGCUCAGAGCAAAGCAUUGUAGAUGCCAUCGUCGAUGGCCGCGAUGUUGGGCACUACUUUCUCAUGAUUGGCGAAAAGGGCACGGGAAAGAGCAGCAUGCUGCUUGAGGCGAUGCGCAAGAUCGAUGGCGAUGGCGUUUCCAUGUUUGAGGCGCACGCCGACCUGGAAGUCGUUCGCCUUCGCCUCGGCAAAGCUCUCAACUACGAGUUCCACGAAGAUUACAUUGGUGGCUACUUUAGCGAGCGCGGCCCGCGCGAGUCGACCGCGCUGCUCGACAUUGAGCGCGCCUUGAACAAGCUCGAAAAGGUGGCAAUGAAGCUGCUCAAGACGCGCAAGAAGCCGCUGAUCCUUAUUGUGAACCAAAUGCACCUCCUGCGCGACGACGACGAUGGUCGCGAUCUCAUUGAGCUGCUGCAGCAACGGGCAGAGCAGUGGGCUGCUACUAAUCUCGUCACCAUGAUCUUCAACUCGGACGACUAUUGGGUGUAUGAGCGCCUGAAACAGCUUGCCACGCGAAUGGAAGUCCUACCCAUUGCUGAUUUGCCCAAGAAGCAAGCCGUGAAUGCCCUGAAAAAAUAUCGCCAACGCUACUGGGGAGAGUCUCUCGAGUUGGAGCAGCUGGAGCAGGUUUAUGACCGAGUCGGCGGACGCCUGAAUUUCCUAAACAAAGUGGCUAAAAGCAAGAACAUGCUGGCAACAUGCGAAAGCAUCAAGGAUAUUGAGAAGAGGUGGUUCCUGAACCAGUGCUGGAUCCUGGGCAUGGAAAUGGACGACGAUGUUAUGGACCAGCAGAAGUGGGCGGCUGCCGCAAUGGUUCUUGCUCAAGCAUUGGUGGCCAAAGAAAAGGACAUGGAUCUUACCUAUGACCCCGUCAUCGGCCACAUGUUGCCAUCCUUCCCAUUCCACAUUGCCCAGGAGCUCAUGACACGAUGCGACUUUAUCCGCAAGCUGGACAGCCUCAACCUGUUUAGCAUCACGAGCAAAGCAGACGUGCGAGCCAGCAGCGUCCCAAUGCACCGGGCCUUCCAGGAGAUUUGCAGCCAGCCCGGCUUUGACAAGCACCUUGAGCUGACGAUUCAGCGCAUUGCCGACAUUGAGAGCUUGGGCAGAACGCGCGAGCUGGUGGCCAAGGAUCUUGUGCUCGGUGGGCAUUACGAGAUUGAGGCUGGCCGCAAGGGAAUCACGGUAAGAAUAAAGGAAGCCGAAAAUAAGGACGAUUAA